AUGGCGGACACUACUGCCGCAUCCACCAAGCCCGUCCACACAAUCGUGCUGGACGCUGGCCCGAUUCUCAAGAAUACCCCGCCGCUUUCAACCCUCCUUGCCCAGUGCGACGAAAUUAUCACCACCCCCUCCGUGGUGGGCGAGAUCCGCGAUCCCGAUGCUCGCGCACGUGUCGAGACACUCUAUCUGCCUUUCUUGAAGCAGCGAUCCCCCACACCCAAGAGCUUCAAUAUUAUCAGCGAAUUCGCUCGCAAGACCGGUGACCGUUCUGUCCUCAGUAGAACUGAUAUUGAGGUCCUUGCGCUUGCCUACGAAAUUGAGUGCGAAAAGAACGAAGGAGAUUGGCGGUUAAGAAGUGUCCCUGGACAGAAGAGAAUCAAUGGAAAGCCUCCUGUUAAGGAGGAAUCCGAGGAGGCCAAGUCCGAGGAGACCAAGCCCGAGGAUGCGGAUGUGGAAGCCAUUACGGAGGGCGUGAAGGAGACCACAGUCGCAGACGUCCAGGAAGAGUCUCCGAAGGAGGAAGAAACUGCCGCAGCCAACGAGGCCGACGAAGUCGCCGAGGUUGCCGUUGCCGUUGCUGACGAAGAAGAGAAGGACGAAGAUCUGGAUGCGGAUGAUGCUGCUGAUUCUGACGACGGAGAAUGGAUCACGCCCUCUAACUAUAAAAAGCGUCUUGCUGAGGAUGAGUCGGGGACAGCGACUCUUACCGCUGCGCCCAAGACAAUGCAGGUUGCGACUAUGACCACUGAUUUCGCAUGCCAAAACGUUCUCCUGCAAAUGAACCUCAACCUUCUGUCUACCACCACCCUCCAGAAGAUCCAGCAUCUUAGAACCUUCAUCAAGCGCUGUCACGCUUGCUUCUUGACUACAAAGGAGAUGAACAAGCAGUUCUGCCCUCGCUGUGGCAAGGAUACUCUCACCCGUGUCUCAUGCACUACCACCGCCAACGGCGCGUUCACAAUGCACCUGAAGAAGAACAUGCAGUGGAACAAGCGCGGCAAUGUAUACAGCGUUCCCAAGCCGAUCGCAGGCAGCGCGAACGGCAAGUGGAAGGGCGGCGGUGGUCAGCGAGGAUGGGGUACCGAGCUCGUUCUCGCCGAAGAUCAGAAGGAGUAUGUCCGCGCCAACGAGGAGGAAGAGCGGAGGCAGCGUCGUGAGCGCGAUCUCAUGGACGAAGACUACCUCCCUGGUAUCUUGACUGGCGAGCGUAACAGGGCUGGCGGUCGUACCAAGGUCGGUGCUGGCCGCAAUGUCAACUCGAAGAAGCGCUAA